AAAAAGCUUGUAAAAUAUUAAGUCGCUCUGUGUAGAAACCGUGUGUGUGUGUUUGUACGUGAAGCAUAUAUUGUAUUGUUUGCUGGGGAAUUUGUUAUCUAAAUAGCAAUGUAUAGCUAGCUAACAGUUAGCCAGUCCACAACAAAGCAUGCCGGGGAGCUUUGCAUCUCUAGCUAGCUAUCGACCGCGGUCCACCACACAGCAUUUGUUUGCUAAUGGUAGCUAGUGAUUGAAUGGAUAUUACCAGGUGCACGGACAAAUGGGAGAGGCCUGCAUCGUCCUCCAUGAUGCUGUCCAGUAAGAAGUCUGACCCAGGCUCUUCUGCAUCUGCCUCCAACAUGGCAGCGGGAGGCGAGGGCGCCUCAGAGGCCCAGGGGGUCGCCCAGACAGGAGCCACUGCCUCCUCCACACCGGGCAUCUCAGACGUGAAGAAGAAGGAGCGGGCAUCACCCAGUGGGGAGCCUGGCGGGCCCCCGAUGCCUCAUCCAGCCGGAGCUGGGAACCAGGACCAGGAGGCCAGGAGGACCAGCCGCCGCAAGAAAGCGAAACAGGUGGAAUAUCGCGAGAUGGACGAGAGCCUGGCCAACCUCUCCGAGGACGAGUAUUACUCGGAGGAGGAGAGGAACGCCAAGGCAGAAAAGGAGCGCAAACAGGUCAUCCCGCCCCCCGCUCCGCCCGUGGAGGAGGAGAACGACAGUGAGCCAGAGGAGCCAUCAGGUUUGGAGGGCGCGGCCUUCCAGAGCCGCCUCCCCCAUGACCGCAUGACCUCCCAGGAGGCCGCUUGCUUCCCAGACAUCAUCAGCGGGCCGCAGCAGACACAGAAGGUCUUCCUCUACAUCCGCAACCGCACGCUCCAGCUGUGGCUGGAUAACCCCAAAAUCCAGCUGACCUUCGAGGCCACCGCUCAGCAGCUGGAAGCUCCCUACAACAGUGACACCGUCCUAGUCCACAGGAUACACAGUUACCUGGAACGGCAAGGUCUUAUCAACUUUGGCAUCUACAAGCGAGUAAAGCCCUUGCCAACUAAGAAGACAGGCAAGGUGAUCAUCAUCGGUGGAGGGGUGUCAGGACUGGCCGCUGCCCGCCAGCUGCAGAGCUUCGGCAUGGACGUGACUGUGCUUGAGUCCAGGGACCGUGUUGGCGGGAGAGUAGCCACGUUCCGUAAGGGGAACUAUGUGGCUGACCUCGGUGCCAUGGUGGUGACUGGGCUGGGUGGAAACCCCAUGGCUGUGGUCAGCAAGCAGGUCAACAUGGAGCUGGCCAAGAUCAAACAGAAGUGCCCACUCUACGAGGCUAAUGGCCAAGCUGGGGAACGCUGCACCAGUGUGCCCAAGGAGAAGGAUGAGAUGGUGGAGCAGGAGUUUAACAGGCUGCUGGAGGCCACCUCCUUCCUCAGCCACCAGCUGGACUUUAAUUUCCUCAACAACAAGCCUGUAUCUCUGGGCCAGGCCCUGGAGGUGGUCAUUCAGUUACAAGAGAAACAUGUGAAGGAUGAACAGAUUGAACACUGGAAAAAAAUCGUGAAGACUCAAGAAGAACUCAAGGAGCUGCUCAACAAGAUGUCUGCCACUAAGGAGCGUGUGAAGGAGCUCCACCAGCAGUAUAAGGAGGCCAGCGAGGUGAAGCCUCCCAGAGAUAUCACCGCUGAGUUCCUGGUCAAGAGUAAACACCGAGAUCUCACCGCCCUCUGCAAGGAGUAUGACGAGCUAGCAGAGAUGCAGGGGAAACUGGAGGAGAGACUUCAGGAGCUGGAGGCCAACCCCCCAAGUGACGUGUACCUGUCAUCUCGAGACCGGCAGAUCCUGGACUGGCACUUCGCCAACCUGGAGUUUGCCAAUGCCACACCCCUCUCCACCCUGUCGCUCAAACACUGGGACCAGGAUGAUGACUUUGAGUUUACGGGGAGUCACCUGACGGUGCGUAACGGUUACUCGUGUGUCCCCGUGGCUCUGGCUGAAGGCCUGGACAUCAAACUCAACACAGCAGUGCGACAGGUCCGCUACACCGCCUCUGGUUGUGAGGUGAUAGCAGUGAACACGCGCUCCACCACUCAGACUUUCAUCUACAAGUGUGACGCGGUGUUGUGCACGCUCCCGCUGGGAGUCCUAAAGCAGCAGCCGCCCGCCGUGCAGUUUGUGCCACCGCUGCCUGAGUGGAAGACUGCCGCCAUCCAGAGGAUGGGCUUCGGCAACCUUAACAAGGUGGUGCUGUGCUUUGACCGGGUGUUCUGGGACCCCAGCGUGAACCUCUUUGGCCACGUGGGAAGCACCACAGCCAGCCGAGGAGAGCUCUUCCUCUUCUGGAACCUCUACAAAGCUCCCAUCCUUUUGGCGCUGAUGGCGGGUGAGGCGGCGGGAAUCAUGGAGAACAUCAGCGAUGAUGUGAUCGUGGGCCGUUGCCUCGCCAUCCUCAAGGGCAUCUUCGGCAGCAGCGCCGUCCCUCAGCCUAAAGAGACGGUGGUGACACGCUGGCGUGCUGACCCCUGGGCUCGCGGCUCCUACUCGUACGUGGCGGCCGGUUCCUCUGGCAACGAUUAUGACCUCAUGGCCCAGCCAAUCACACCUGGCCCCGCCAUCCCAGGAGCUUCACAGCCGGUUCCGCGUCUCUUCUUUGCGGGCGAGCACACCAUCAGGAACUACCCGGCCACGGUGCACGGCGCCCUGCUGAGUGGCCUACGAGAGGCCGGCCGCAUCGCUGACCAGUUCCUGGGCGCCAUGUACACCAUGCCCCGGCAGGCCACGCCCACUACCAACCCACAGCCCGCCUCCAGCAUCUAAACCACUCCCACUAACCACGUCAGGAUGUCCUAAUUGGACACCAUUGAGAUUCAUGAAGAAUGGGGGGAGGUGUGUGUGUGUGUGUGUGUGUGUGUGUGUGUGUGUGUGUGUGUGUGUGUGUGUGUGUGUGUGUGUGUGUG